GUUCAGCAGACGUCAUCAUUGGCAGGCCAGGUACGUCUGAAAGCACACCACGUUUUGUAUGCAAGCCACGUGAUAUCGCGUCAAGUUGGCUCCUGUUGGAACAGUGUGAACGACUCUUUAAAGACUUUAAAGAUAAAUUAAAGAUGGCAAUCGUAGCGGUGGGACAGCUCUGUUCCAAAGCCUCCAUGGCUCACAACCUUCGGCUUGUAAAGGACCUCGUUGAUCAGGCUUCGGCCGCAGGAGCAAAGGCCUUGUUUCUUCCAGAGGCUAGUGAUUAUAUCGCUUCCUCUACCGAGGAGUCCCUUGCGUUGGCAAGAUCCGUCGAGGAUAGCAUAUUCGUCCAAGGCGUACAAGCUGCCAGUAAGGAAGCAGAUAUUGCUAUCAAUGUUGGAAUUCAUGAGGUUGGCGAAUCUGGAAAGAAAUUGAAGAAUGCGUCUAUUUGGAUAGAGCAGGGACAGAUUACGCAGCGAUACCAAAAGAUCCACUUGUUCGAUGUCGAUAUUGCAGGAGGUCCUGUCCUGAAGGAGAGUAAUAGCGUCGAGAAAGGCAUGAGUAUUCUUCCUCCGUUUGAAACUGCCGUUGGCCGGGUUGGCUUGACAAUAUGCUUUGAUCUGAGGUUCCCUGAAAUCGGAAUAGCGCUCCACCGUCAAAACGCACAUAUUAUCACUUACCCUUCCGCAUUUACAGUGCCCACUGGAAAGGCCCACUGGGAAAUACUCCUCCGAGCAAGAGCAAUAGAAACGCAAUCCUACGUAAUUGCCGCGGCACAGGUUGGGCAACACAAUGAGAAACGCACGAGCUAUGGACAUUCAAUGAUUGUCGAUCCCUGGGGCAAGAUCGUGGCAGAACUCACUGGAGAUGGGGAUAAGCCGGAAAUAGCUAUUGCGGAUAUUGAUUUAGACCUUGUUAGCAAGGUCAGGAGAGAGGUGCCUCUUCUCAGAAGGAAUGAUAUAUACUAACUGGCUUAUGGAUGAGAUCUUGAGCACUUGUCAUACUAAAUUUACUUAAACCUCUGCUUGAUAAUACCAAAUCCGCGAGUAAUUUAGCACAUUGAUAGAUUUCUAGAGACAUAAUUUGAGCUGUUGUGUUGCC